AAGCAGCCAUCGGAGUAGGUGUGGGAGUUCAGAGAGCACGCGACGGCGGCGAGCUGUAAUGCAAUGACAGGCCAUUCUAGAUGGGUUGGAAAUUCAUGCAGAAUUGAAGAACUGAGGUAGCCCUCUCUGAAACCUGGACUUGGAGUUGCUCUUACUUCCUCUAGUAUGGAUACAUCAUUCUUGCUUUGUCUUAUUCUGGCAUUGCUUCCUGUAAGAACUCUUGGGAACACUUGGAAAUGCCCUCAUAUUCCUUAUAACUUGACCAGAGAUUAUACAGUGCAAUAUCACCUGCCUACAUUCACAGCUGAGGGUGACAUCCAGAACAUAGUCACAUAUGAGCCUGCUGGUGCAAUUUUUGUUGCCAUUCGGAACAAGAUCUACAUGCUGAACUCGAAGCUGGCAAUUCUUUCUACCAUAGCAACUGGUCCCUGGGGUAGUGGCCAGUGCAAGAUCUGUACCAAGUGCCAAGUGAAAGGGCCAAUGGAUUUUGAAGACACAGAUAACAAAGUUUUGGUGAUGGAUCCAUUUGAACCUUGGCUUUACAGUUGUGGGUCUUCUCAGCAUGGAGUCUGCUUCCUGCAUGAGAUUGAAAUGCAGGGCAACAUUGUUUUCAUUAAAGAAACUAAAUGCUUGUAUUCAGCCCAAUUUAAUAAGCCUUCUGAAUGUCCAGAUUGUAUUGCCAGUGCCUUGGGGACUAGAGCUGUAGUUAUUGAUAAAGGCGCAUCAUACUUCUAUGUUGCCUCUACCAUCAACAGGAGCAUAGCUGAGAUAUACAGCCCCCAAUCAGUGUCUAUACGAAGACUGAAGAGCACCACAGAUGGAUUUGACAAUUCUUUCCAUUACUUAACUGUGCUGCCUGAGUAUCAAGACACGUAUCCCAUUGACUAUGUGUAUUCCUUUAAUGACCAGCACUUUGUGUAUUUUCUGACAGUCCAAAAAGAAAGCCCCAGCUCCAAAUCAUACCAUACCAGGAUAGUGCGGCUCAGCACUGAGGAUAAUGACUUGCAGAAGUACCGUGAGCUGAACCUGGAUUGUCGUUUUGAAUACAAGCGGAGGCGGAAGAGGGGACUUUCGGUGAACCCAAGGAAUGUAGCUUUUAAUAUCCUGCAGGCAGCUCACGCAACCAAGCCAGGCUCAAAGCUGGCCCAAGAGAUCAGUGCUAGUGAAACAGAUUUGGUUCUCUUUGGUGUGUUCACUGAAAGCCAUGUAGAGAGCAAGGUGCCACAUAAGAAUUCUGCUGUUUGUGCUUUCCCCAUGAGCAUGAUCAACCAGGCUAUUGAUGAUGGGAUGAACAAAUGCUGCAGUUCAAGCAUCCAUGGCAAGAUGCUACGAGGACUGAUGUUCUAUCAGGAUACUGAGUACUGCCCACAUAAUGUGAAUUCCUCGGUGGUAGAUACCAGCUGCUGGAAGAAGCCUACCAUGAUCACUACAGACAGGUACAGGUUGGACCUCUUCAAUGGACGAAUGGCUGCAAUGCUUCUGACCUCCAUCUAUGUUACUGCAAUUGGUGAUGUGACGGUUGCUCACCUGGGCACCUCAGAAGGACGCAUUAUGCAGGUGGUGCUUCAGAGAUCCAUUGCUCAUACAAUCACAUUGGCCAACUUCUUCUUGGGGGAGAGAUUGCCAGUGCUGCGAGAGGUCGAUAAACUGAAAGAUUCUUUGUUCUUUGUCACAGGAAAUAAGAUGUCACAGGUGAGCAUGACUGGCCCAGGUUGUCGUCAUUUCCUCACCUGCCUCAGCUGUCUGAAAGCAGAGAAAUUUAUGCAUUGUGGGUGGUGUGGAAAUUCAUGUACCCGUCAGGAAGAAUGCAAGACACUAUGGAACAAGGAGAGCUGCCCACCUGUUCUCACUGAUUUUCACCCCAAAAGUGCACCACUGCAUGGCAGCACCAAAGUGUCCCUCUGUGGCAUGGGGUUUCAGUCACAUUCAUCUUCCUCUGGUGGUGUUGACUCAUUAUCUCCUGUUGGUGAAUAUCGGGUUACAGUGGGACAGAAGAACUGCACUGUGAUUUUUGAAGAAAGCCUUGCAAACAGGUACAGCCAAUUAUCUGGUGACAUUAUUGUCUGCACUUUAGAGCCACAGGAGAAACAAGUAGAUCUGGAGCCACAAAGUGUUGAAGUUACCAUCACAGAGAAGAAACAUGCCCCAAUGUACAUCAAUGGCUCUUCAGUUUGUAAUGGCUUUGUGUUUGUGCAGCCAAAUGUAACUUCUAUCCACCCUGCAUAUGGCCCACAGGCUGGAGGAACAGAGAUCUUUAUCUGGGGACAAAAACUCCUGGUUGGGGCCACAAGGAAGGUGUUGAUUAAUGGCCUGGAUUGCCCCUUGGACAAGGAAAGGGAAAGCCAGGGAGAAGAGGCCAUAAUUUGUAUCAGUCCUGCUUCAAACAAUCUGACCAGUGCUUCUGUGAUUGUAGUAAUAGAUGAAGAACAGUUUCUUUCCCCACAGCACUUCUGGUAUCGAAAAAAUCCCCGAAUACAUCAUAUAUCUCCAAACUGCAGUUAUGAAGGCUCCAAUAUCUCCAUCUUUGGCACCAAUUUGGAUUCAGUGUAUUACACAAAGGUACAAUUUGAGUCUGCAGCAGUGAAAACAGAAGCUAAAGUAUGCAAGGGGCCACUGUCAGCAAACAGCCUGGUGUGCCAGAGUCCUGCCUACCCAUUUGAAAACAAGAUUGAAAGCGUUCACGGGAUCCUGAGAAUCUUGAUGGAUGGUGCUCUGGGCCGCAAGGAAUUUCAUACUCGCUACUACCCCAAGCCACAGAUCUACCCCUUUGAGAAUGAAGACAAAUUGUACACGCUCAUACAAGGAGAAGAUAAGAUCAAGAUUAAUCAUAGAGGUCUGGAUGCUUUAAUAGGUUGCAUGAAUAUCUCUAUGACAGUAGCUGGCAGAAUGUGCCGCCCCAGCGUGCUGAAGAAUGAAGUGACCUGUCGAAUCCCCAAGGACCUGAACGUCCCUCUGGAUGGUUUGCCUGUUCAGAUUUGUGUGAGUGACAACUGCACAGAUGUGGGUUUCGUGACUGUGGUCUCAUCUUUAUCCCCUGUUGCUGUUGUCUUGGGGACCAUUGUAGCCAUCCUAGUCCUCUGCCUCUUGGGAUUUCUGAUGAUGAAAUAUAUGCGGAGGAGGAAGAAGAAGAAGACAGGGACUGAGAACUUGGAAAGAUUAAGCUUCAAUAGGGGCACGCCAAGCAUUGCUCUCCUUCCCUCCAACACUGGUUACAUGAGUGGUACAGGUAGCAGUGAUGGUUCUGCUGUACCCCUCAUGCGGGUGCCAUCUUGCUCUAUUGAAAAUCUUCGCCCAGAGCUGCUGGAAGAGGUGAAGGAUGUCCUAAUCCCAGAAGAGCAGCUGAUAAUGCACAAAGAUAAGAUUAUUGGCAAAGGGCAUUUUGGGAGUGUUUACCAUGGAACAUACAUAGAUCCAUCCCAGAGACAGAUACGCUGUGCUGUUAAAUCCCUGAACCGAAUCACUGACUUGGAAGAGGUGGAAGAGUUCUUGAAGGAAGGGAUUCUGAUGAAGAGCUUCCACCACCCCCAUGUCCUUUCUCUUAUUGGAAUUACUCUACCAAAAGAGGGGCUGCCACUGGUAGUGCUACCAUACAUGAAGCAUGGAGAUCUGCGACAAUUUAUCCGUUCUGAGGAGAAGAACCCUACUGUGAAGGAUUUAAUAGGCUUUGGGUUGCAAGUGGCUCGAGGGAUGGAGUACUUGGCCCAGAAGAAGUUUGUACACAGAGACCUUGCUGCCAGAAACUGUAUGUUAGAUGAGACUUUUACAGUGAAGGUGGCAGACUUUGGGUUGGCUAGAGACAUUUUUGACAAGGAGUAUUACAGUAUCCAGCGACACCGUCGAGCCAAGCUUCCAGUCAAAUGGAUGGCCCUAGAGAGCCUGCAGACCCAAAAAUUUACCACCAAGACUGAUGUAUGGUCCUUUGGGAUCCUCAUGUGGGAGCUGAUGACACGAGGGGCCUCCCCAUACCCAGGAGUGGAUCCAUAUGAUAUAACCCGCUACUUGUUGCAAGGAAGGCGGCUGCCCCAGCCUGAGUACUGCCCAGAUUCUCUGUACACAUUGAUGCUGAACUGCUGGGCCCCAAGUCCUGAGGAACGACCAACUUUCUCUAUCCUGAUCCAGGAAUUGGAGCAUAUCGUGUCUUGUCUAAAAGGGGAACAUUACAUCAACCUCAAUGUUACCUAUGUCAACCUCGAUCAAGGCCAUCCAUUCAUUGCCACAGUCCACUGUGAAGAUGAACUGGACUCUAGUGAAGGAGAGGCUGCUUCUGUGUGCUAAGUAGAUACUCUGAGAGAACCCAUUCAAAUCUAGCAAAGGCCUGUACUGGAAGUCUUUCAACGGCUUCACUUCACAGUCUGAGAAUACUUCCUGAUUCUUACUUCUUGACUUGCAGCAGUCACUAGUGGUCCUCAGUCUUCCAUUUAGACACCACCUAUUAUGUCAGUGCCUUGUGGAUUCAAGAAAGCCACAAACAAGACCUUCUGAGAUAACCUCUGCUCUUCUGGCUGGGGUGGGGAUGGUGAUUAAAAGAAAAAAAGCAGAGAUAAGCUCAUACCUUGCAUACGAUGUGGGGCAGGUCCCCUUAAGCUCUCCCAAAGAUACACGUUAAUAAUACCUGUGAACUUGUGUGCAGGGCUGUGUUUAUUACUAUGAAAUAAUUUAAUGUCUCAGCCUGUGGCUGAAUUUGUAUAUAAAGGAAUAAACUGGCCAUAUGUGCUGUUUAUAUCAGGA